AAGUACAAGUUCAACUUGUAAGGUAGCGCGACGCUGGCAGGCUCACUGUCAUCUACAUCUAUCUGUACAAAAUCAUUUUGCUGUACUCGGAGGACAAGUCCUGUGAUGAGUAAACUUUCAUUACCAUUUCCCUGCUCUUUCUGCCCUUGUUCGGUGCCGGGGUAUCACGUUUUCAAAUAUCAUCUGGUUUCGUGAGAGUGUUCGCAUCCUCUUGUAGACUCGUGAGAUGGCGCGCGGUAUCACAGUCGGUAACCAUACGCCAUCUCAGGAUGAACGCUCAGAAUGUACUUAACAAUCUCUACCCCGCGUCCAAACUAGAGAUCGUUCUUCCUCCCUCAUGGCGAUUGUUUCAGUCCUGCAGUUGGCCCUUCUCGGAGCAGUGAUUUGGAUAAUCAGAUCCGUCUAUCGUCGUCUUACUGCUAAAUCCUGUCUAGACAACCUCCCGAGUCCUCCUAGGAAGAGUUAUUUAUUCGGUAACUUGCCACAGCUCUUCAGUCGCCAUGCUUGGGAUUUUCACAAAGACAUCAUUCGUCACUAUGGGCCGGUCACCGCAGUGAGCGGCAUAUUCGGAAAAAAGGUGCUAUAUGUUUUUGACCCGACAGCGUUGCAUAACAUCGUGGUUAAGGAUCAGUACAUUUACGAAGAGUCGCCGCUGUUCUUACAAUUCAACGGCAUAUUCUUUGGAGAGGGACUUUUGUCAUCGUUAGGCGAGAAACAUCGUCACCAGCGGAAGAUUCUCAAUCCUGUCUUCAAUAUCAACCAUAUGAGACACAUGACACCGAUUUUCUAUCGAAUUACGGAUAAACUUCGAGAUGCUAUUGCAUGGCAACUCAAAGAGGGUCCUGAAGAGAUCGACAUGCUGAAUUGGAUGACGCGAACCGCAUUGGAACUCAUAGGGCAGGGUGGACUCGGCUGGUCAUUUGACACGUUGGAGAAGCCAGAACUCAAUCCACUUGCUGAGCACGUAAAGGACCUUGUGCCAACAGUUGCGCCGUUGUUCCUUCUCGUGAGAUUUAUACCAUUCGCCUCUCGCAUUGGGUCGCCAGCCUUCCGUCGACGAGUGAUCGAGAUGUUUCCAAACAAACUAGUACGGCGGGCCUUAGCCAUCAGCGAUGCGCUAGAUCAAACAUCGAAAGAGAUCCUUAGAGCGAAACGGGCUGCGCUUGCUGCAGGAGAUGAGGCAGUAUCUGAACAGAUAGGCGAAGGAAAAGAUAUCAUUAGUGUCUUGCUAAAGGCGCAAAUGAAUGCAUCGGAAGAAGACAAGAUGCCAGAUAAUGAAAUUCUAGCACAUAUGUCGACAUUUAUUUUUGCUGGCAUGGAAACCACCAGUGGGGCCCUGGCUCGUAUCCUCCAUAAGCUUUCAGAACGUCAGGACAUUCAAGCCAAGCUUCGCCAAGAGAUAACCACCGCGCGUGGAGACAGGGCGAACAUACCUUAUGACGAACUUGUUUCGUUACCCUACAUGGAGGCUGUCUGUCGAGAGACUUUGCGUCUCUACUCACCUGUUACAACGCUCAACCGAAAAACGACACAAGACAUAGUGAUGCCUCUUUCGACGCCGGUUCUCGGCAGAGACGGAAGGACGAUCACGGACAUUCCACUAGACAAAGGCACAGAUCUGUUCAUUGGUGUAUUGGGCUCCAACAUCAACCCAGCUAUAUGGGGCGAGGACGCAGAAAUCUUCAAACCGGAGAGAUGGUUGUCAGCUCUACCAGAGUCACUGACGGAAGCUCAUGUACCUGGUGUAUACUCCAAUCUUAUGACGUUCUUGGGCGGUGGUCGAGCAUGCAUUGGUUUCAAAUUCUCACAGCUCGAGAUGAAGGUUGUACUCUCGGUGCUGAUCCAGCAUUUCCACUUUGACUUGCCGGACAAGGUGAUUUAUUGGAACCACGCUGGCGUACAGUAUCCUACGGCGGACCGAGCGAGCGAGAGGUCUGAGUUACCGCUGCGAGUAUCACUCGCAAAGUCAGCGUAAUCCUUGACUGUAAGUCACGCUGCUCCCGGACAACCCCAUGUAACAUACAGCUGUGCUCCGAGAUACGCAGUUGGAUUUAACGGUAUUGCAUGAACCUUGUUUGGUACAGAAGUUGCAUUAGUGGAUGGCAAUGGUAUCUACAGCACGUAGUCCAUAAAUAUACAUAUUCUACAAC